GCUGCCGGUAGCACCUGUCACUCAAACCCCACACUGCCAGGAUUCGGAUCACUUCUGUUGCUCAAGCCCCGGGGAGGGAGGGGCUCUGGGACAUCAUCCAAUCAGAGGCAAUGUGGUGCAAACUGUCCAAUCAGGUGCGCGGAGAGGAGGGGCAAUUUCCGAAUCCCGAAGCGGUCUCUUCUCGCGGGGAUCAGCUUGGUUCCGGGUUUUAGUUGGUCCCGGAGGCCUCAGGUUCUUGGAUACUGCAGCUUCUGUCGCGUGGAACCGACUCUGGCUGCUGGAGCCCCAGGGAGGACCCAGGACAUCCGGAAGCCAGAAAUGGACUCAGUGGCCUUUGAGGAUGUGGCUGUGAACUUCACCCAGGAGGAGUGGGCUUUGCUGAGUCCUUCCCGGAAGCAGCUCUACAGAGAUGUGAUGCUGGAAACCUUCAAGAACCUGGCCUCUGUGGGAAUCCGAUGGAAGGACCAGGACAUGGAGAAUCUGUACCAAAAUCUGGGGAUUGAGCCAAGAAGCCUGGUGGAGAGACUCUGUGGACGUAAAGAAGGGAGUGACCACAGAGAAACCUUCGGCCAGAUUCCAGAUUGUCACCUGAACAAGGAAAGUCACACUGGAGUGAAACCAUGCAAAUGCAGCAUGUGUGAGAAAGUCUUCCUCCGGCAUUCAUUCCCUGACAGGCACAUGAGAGCUCACGCCGGACAGAAGCGACAUGAGUGUGGUGCGGCAUGGGGAGAGAAGCCCAGUACACAGAAGCAACGUGGGAAAGCCUCAGUUUCUCCUAGGAGUGGUCCACAGCACGCAGUAACACCAACUCCACAGAGACCUUAUGAAUGCAGGGUGUGCGGGAAAGCCUUUCAUUCUCCCAAUUUAUUUCAAAUCCAUCAACAAACUCACACUGGAAAGAGGCGCUAUAAAUGUAGGGAAAUUGUGAGAGCCUUCACUGUUUCCAGUUUCUUUCAAAAACAUGGGAAAAUGCACACUGGAGAAAAACGCUAUGAAUGUAAAUACUGUGGAAAACCUUUUGAUUAUCCCAGUUUAUUUCAAAUUCAUGUUAGAACUCACACGGGAGAAAAACCUUACAAAUGUAAACAGUGUGGUAAGGGCUUCAUUUCUGCCACUUAUGUUCAUACACAUGAAAUCAGAACCCACAUGCUGGAGAAAUCGCACCAGUGUCAGGAGUGCGGGAAGAAACUCAGCUGUUCCAAUUCCCUUCGCAGACACGAACAAACGCAUCGUGGAGGGAAACUCUACUGUUGUCAAAAAUGUGACAAAGUCUUCAGAUGUCCCUCGUCCCUUCGAGCACAUGAACGAGCUCACACUGGAGAGAGACCUUAUGGAUGUAAUAAAUGUGGUAAAACCUUCAAUUAUGCCAGUUGUUUUCGAAGACAUGAGAAAACUCAUAGUGGAGAAAAGCCGUAUGAAUGUAAGAGGUGUGGCAAAGCCUUCGGGUGGCGCAGCUCCCUACGGAUACAUGAAAUGACCCACACUGGAGAAAAGCCCUUUGACUGUAAACAGUGUGGUAAAGGCUUCACUUGUUCAAAAUACCUUAGAGUUCAUGAAAGAACUCAUUUGGCCGGGCAUAGGCAGCCCUUAAGCAGGCUAGGCAGGGGAAAUCACCUGAGCCCAGGAGUUUCAGACCAGUCUGGGCAACAUGAGAAGGAACCAUAUCUCAAAAAAAAAAAAAAAUUUUAACUGGGUGGGGUGGUGCACACCUGUAGUUCCAGCUACUCAGAAAGCUGAGGAAGGAGGAUCACAUGAGCCUGGGAGGUUGAGGCUGCAGUGAGCUGAGAUCGCGCCACCAUACUCCAGUCUGGGUGUCAAAGUAAGACUCUGCCUCAAAAAAAAAAAAAAAACUGGGCGCGGUGGUGCGUGCCUGUAGUCCCAGCUAUUCAGGAGGCUGAGGUGGGAGGAUCGCUUGAGCCCAGGAGUUCUGGGCUGUAGUGCUAUGCCGAUCGGGUGUCCACACUAAGUUCAGCAUCAAUAUGGUGACCUCCUGGGAGCGGGGGACCACCAGGUUGCCUAAGGAAGGGUGAACCGGCCCAGAUCGGAAAUGGAGCAGGUCAAAACUCCUGUGCUGAUCAGUAGUGGGAUCACGCCUGUGAAUAGCCACUGCAUUCCAGCCUGGGCAACAUAGCAAGACCCCAUCUCUUAAAAAAAAAAAAAAAGAA